AUGCUCAUAACGUCUCCCCUCUUCCUCGCGGUAACCGCCUUACUAGCCGUGACCAUUUUCCUGGUCCGUCGCCUGUCGUCGCCGCUAUGGAAGCUCCCCGGCCCGACAAUCUCGAGGUUCACAUCCCUCGAGCUGCGAUGGAACGAGAUCAAGGCCAACCGCACAAUGUACAUCCACAGCCUCCACCUUCGCUUCGGACCCGUGGUGCGCGUCAGCCCCCACGAGGUGUCCUUUACCUCCUGGCCUGCCCUCAAGGAGAUCUACACGUCUGGCGGGAGCGGCUACGACAAGUCGGAGUUUUACAACCUAUUUACCGUGUUUGGGAGGAGAACCAUGUUCUCUACGCUUGUCAAGGCAGACCAUACAAAGAGAAAGAGACUCCUCGCUGAUCGAUAUGCCAACACCAACAUUAUGCGUGGACCUGCCAUUGCCGGAAUCCAGGAACGAUCUAGCAUCUUCCUUCAUCGUUGCACGAGCGCAGGCACCAGGGCUCAUGAUGUUUUUGUAAACCGCCUCAUCUCGUACUACUCGCCAAGGCUGUACAACCUCGUCUCGGGCAUCAUCUACCUUUUCGCCAAAUCUCGCGACAUCUCCCUGGCAAGCACCUACGUGACGCAGACGAGCCAGGCGACCGACCCAGCGACCUUUACCCUCAUGGGGCGUCUGAUGGGCGAGAAGGGCGGCAGCUUAGACAGCACGACAGCGGCGGCCGAGUGUCUGGACCACAUGGUUGCCGGCAUCGACACGACGGGCGACGGGCUGUGCUUCCUCAUGUGGGAGCUCUCGCAGCCGCGCAACGCCAGCAUCCAGCGCAGGCUGUGCGAGGAGCUCCGCACCGCCCCGUCCGACGUGCCGCUCGACCAGCUCCCCUUCCUCGAUGCGGUCGUCAACGAGGGUCUCCGGUGCUUCCCCCCAAUCCCCAUGUCGCUGCCGCGUGUGGUCCCCGGUCCCGGCGGCCGCGCCAUCGACGGCCUCUGGCUGCCCCAGGGCACUGUCGUCAGCUGCCAGUCUUACUCUGUCCACCGUCUCAACCAGGAUGCCUUUCCCGAGCCGCAGAGGUUCAACCCUGACCGAUGGUUGGCUGCUGAUGGGGACACGGAGAGGCGUCGCCUCAUGUUUUCCUUUUCCAACGGUGGUAGAGGAUGUGUUGGGAAGCACCUCGCUCUCGCCGAAAUGAAGACGUUGCUGUCCGACGUCUACUCUAGCUAUUCGACUACGCCGCACGUGUCCAUGACUGAGGACGACAUGAUCAUGUCGGACCAGCUCAUCUCGUCACAGCCAAAGGGUCGACGAUGCCUGCUGCACUUUAACAAGCUUGACCCACUGCAAGCCACGGCAUAA